AUGGAAAGCGUGCAAACACCCUCAAAACGAACCCGAUCUCACUCAGCUUCGUCGGCCUCCGAUCAGGCCUCGAGCCACCCUACCAAGGCUGUCAAGACCGAGAGUCACCAUCAUCCUGACCAGUCUCCGGAGCAAGCCGGCGAUUCAGGACCCCUCCAUACAUCCACAACUCAACUUGUAGUCCCUCUUGAUGAUGAACACAGCCAAUCGCAACCAGAACCAUCCACAGGAAAAUCGGAGAAGAUCCAAUCAAAAGACUCACGCGACACUUCCGAAGCUGGAUUGAAAGCCCCUCCUCAAGAAGACCCGCACCCCACAGCAUCAACGAGCCGGGAAUCAAACGCUCCUGCUAGUGAGACCGGGUCCCAGUCGGAGCUUCAAACAGCUGAUCCGAAGCCAGUGGUCUACUCCAACGGAGAUUGGGAAGCGGUAUAUGACACACAGACGAACGCGUACUACUUCGUGAACUCGAAGACGGGCGAGACGACGUGGAGGAAUCCAUUGGUGCCGGCCACUGAGCCCGCAGCGGUGGUGGUGGCGGCUCACCCGGCGCCGGACCUGGGCGGCAUCGAUCCAGAACUGGCCCAUCUGGAUCCCCACUUCGCAAGACUCAUCCACGGCCACGCCUCCCAAACCGAGCCCCGGUUCGCCGCUCGGUUUAACGCCAAAACCGGACGGUUCGAGGGCGACCCUACCCGCGAUCCUGCCAGAGUCUCCGAAUUCGCUCGCGCCCGGACUCAAGCUGAGGCGUUCUUUGAUGUGACUGGUUGGGAGAAAACCUUGGAGAAACAUAACGGCCGGGUUCCCGGGACGUCCAAAGAGACCAGGGCUGCGGCCCUCGAACAAGGCAAGAAGCUAUCCAAGGCCCAACUGAACCAAUUCAAACAGCAGAAGAUGGAGAAGAAAGCCCGCAACCAACGCGCUUGGCUCACAUAGACCCUGAGCGCCCCUCUCUGAACUUUCCUCUUUCUCGAUCUCCAAAUUUGUGAUCUGUUCUCAUGUAUCCUUUAUCAUCAACCCUCGUGUUUUUCUUGAACUCGUUUUCGAAAAUCUUUGUUUGCUGUACUCAACAUUCACAUUGAAUCUCUCCUGCUCAAUCUAUGCCAGAGCAAACUUUUUUUUUCCUCUUUUUUGCGCAGAUUGUCAAGUAUGUCACAACAGAUUAGACCAAGAACAUGUCGCUUUCAGUCACUCUUUCUAUAUAGAUUGUAGUUUUCUCUGUUACGACCCUUUGCUGAGUGUGAUUAUUGAGUUCUUGGACAUCUUCCUAUUUACAAAGGACCUACUUGGCACGUCAGUUGAUGGGAAUGUUGUGUUCUUGGGCAUUGUCGUCGAUGUCUAUGUAUCGAUCUGUGACAUGACACAAGAACACCAGCUCCAGAUCUUUUUU